UACAAGGAAUACUUCAACAAAGAAAAAAUUUGGGAACACUACAACUACACCAAAGAAGACACCGAGACUUCCGGCACCUCAUCUCGUUGGGUCGUCUCCAUCCUCAUCGUCAUCCUCUGUUGCUUCAUCGUUUUGGAGAACCUCUUGGUGCUCGUUUCCAUUUGUCGUAACAAGAGGCUCCACUUGGCCAUGUACAUUUUCAUAGGCAACUUGGCCUUUUCUGACCUCUUGGCUGGGUUGGCCUUCAUGGCCAACAUCCUCUUGUCUGGGGGCACCACGUUCAACCUGACUCCGGUGCAGUGGUUCGUGAGGGAAGGAACGGCCUUCGCCACUUUGGCCGCUUCGGUCUUCAGCCUCUUGGCCAUCGCCAUCGAACGUCACGUGGCCAUCACCAAAGUGAAAGUUUACAGCAGCGACAAGAACUGUCGCAUGGUGUUGUUGAUCGGGGCGUGUUGGGUCAUCGCCGCCGCCAUCGGGAGCCUUCCCAUCAUGGGUUGGAACUGUAUCAGCGACUUGGAGGAUUGUUCCACCGUCCUCCCCCUCUACUCCAAACGUUACGUCCUCUUCGUCACCACCAUCUUCACCCUCAUCCUCCUUACCAUCGUGGGGCUCUACACAC